AUGGCUCCAACCGCCUCGACGGCCCAUUAUACGGGCCAUGCCGACUUCGAAUAUGCGACCCAUCGUCGCAGAAGCUCCCGCUUGGGAAGUUUGGGCUCUGAUCGCGACCGAGAGCUUGAAAACGCCGAAACCAGCUCAGCUGAUGCCCUCCUAGAGGCCAUGGGCUAUCAGCCUGAAUUGGUUCGAAGCCGAUCAACGCUGCAGGUGGCCUUCAUGUCUUUCGUCCUCGCUGCUAUCCCAUACGGGUUGGCGACGACCUUCUUCUACCCUUUAGUCGGCGGCGGACCUGUAACCAUUAUCUGGGGCUGGCUGGCCGUAUCGCUCAUCAUCCUUUGCGUCGCCAUCUCGCUGGCCGAGAUUACGUCCGUUUAUCCCACCGCUGGUGGCGUCUACUAUCAAACGUUCAUGCUGUCCCCUCCAUCGGUUCAGAGGAUCGCGUCUUGGAUCUGUGGCUGGGCAUACGUGGUCGGAAACAUCACUAUUACCCUGGCCGUGAACUUUGGAACGACACUGUUUCUUAUCGCCUGUAUCAACGUCUUCGAGUCGGAGCCUGGCGUUGGCAUAUUCCAGGCGGAGACGUAUCAAGUUUAUCUUAUCUUCCUUGGCAUCACCCUACUCUGCAACGCCGUCUCGUCGCUCGGUAACAGGUGGCUGCCUAUUUUGGACACUUUUGCCAUCUUCUGGACUUUCGUAGGCGUGUUAGCGAUCAUUGUUACCAUCCUAGUCCUCGGGAGGAAUGGCAGGCGCAGUGCGGAUUAUGUCUUUACACAUUUCGAACCCAACUCCGGCUGGACUCCCGGUUGGUCGUUCUGUGUGGGUUUGUUGCAUGCGGCGUACGCCACAUCGUCUACUGGGAUGGUUAUCUCUAUGUGCGAAGAGGUGCAACAGCCGUCCACUCAAGUUCCCAAGGCCAUAGUGGGAACCGUUGUGCUUAAUACCCUUGCCGGCCUUCUUUUCCUAAUCCCUCUGGUUUUUGUCCUUCCUGACGUUCUGGAACUCAUCGCCUUACCCUCUGGCCAGCCCAUUCCCACUAUCAUCAAGCUAGCGGUUGGCAACUCCGGGGGUGCAUUCGCUCUCUUGAUCCCUCUCCUUGUGCUCGCAAUAUUCUGCGGCAUAGGCUGCACGACCGCGUCAUCGCGCUGCACCUGGGCUUUCGCACGUGACGGGGCUAUUCCCGGCUCCAAGUGGUGGAAGCAGGUCAACCACAAACUCGACGUCCCGCUGAAUGCUAUGAUGCUCAGCAUGGCGGUGCAGAUCCUUCUCGGACUCAUCUACUUCGGCUCUGUCGCCGCAUUCAACGCCUUCUCCGGUGUCGGCGUCAUUUGCCUAACUGUCAGUUAUGCGACUCCGAUUGCUGUUUCUCUACUUGGUGGCCGCAAAGAAAUCAAGAACGGCCACUUCAACUGGGGUGUUGUUGGUAUGGUGUGCAACAUCAUUGCUAUCUGCUGGAGCUUACUCGUGAUUCCGCUCUUCUGUAUGCCAUCAUACAUCCCCGUCACUCUGACAACGAUGAACUACGCCAGCGUAGUCUUCGUCGCUUUUGUUGUCAUCUCGUCCGCCUGGUACUUUAUCUGGGGUCAUAAGAAUUACCAGGGACCACCGCCCACUACAGUCGGCGAAAUCCCGCCGAAUCCAGUAGCGAUGCCCUACGAAGAUCCAAAGAGAUUCUAG